AAUCAUUCAUCCUGACCUCUUGAAGAAAUCACUAGGGUUUUCCGGAAGAACAGCAGCGCCGUAUUCUCUGUCCUCUGAAAGGUUUCUCAGACGAACCAACCAAAAAUGGGACACUCUAACAUCUGGAACGCUCACCCUAAGAACUAUGGUCCUGGAUCUCGUGCUUGCCGAGUUUGCGGCAAUCCUCAUGCAAUUAUUCGCAAGUAUGGACUGAUGUGCUGCAGACAGUGCUUCCGUAGCAACGCUAAGGAAAUCGGUUUCAUCAAGUACCGUUAAACAGCUGAAGUUGUGUUAUGGAUUCAUGGCAGAAGCUGUUCCGGAGAUCUUAUAUACUAAGCUAUUGAUGAAAUUUUAAAAUUUUGACUUGAAAACUGUAGACUUACGAAAUCAUUAUGUGUCUUUAAAUUUUGUUAUCGAAUGUAGUUGGUUUAGAUUCUUGAGAACUUGGCAUUUAUUAUGCUUCUUUAGUAAAUGUAUUGGUUGCUUUAUUUUAAUCUUGUGCUUGGAAA